AUGUCUAAGCCUUUUGACCUCCAGACGACGAUUAUACUCAUCAUUGGUUGUGGUAUCCUGGCAGCCAUGUUCAUGUUAAUAGGAGUUGUCCUCUGUCUUUACUCUAAAGUAACCAAUGCACUGAAGUCAUGUGGAACUUCGAAGGAAGCAGAUGCUCUAAGCUGUACUCAUUCAUGCAACGUCACCCCGGACAAGGUCAUCCAGGCCAAACCCCUCCUUGCUGAGUCUUCUCGCGCCCUCCAGUGCUGUGAUGCAUGUAGCGUCUACGCUGAUGUUGGCGGCCUGCCACCUUGCUUUUGUGACCAAAGUGAAGGACUCUGACAUGGCUGUGGUGGACACAAAAAAAUCUUUGUGAGAGAUAUUUUGAAUUUCUUAGUAGA